AUGACUGGCCGGUUCCCACGAGUCUCCGAGUCUCCGAAGACCCUUGACCAGGUCAGGGUCUCGAAUCCUGUGCCUUGCGGGCACAAAAAUUACAACCUGACCAAUUCAAGUACUCUCAAAGGGCUAGCUCAACAAGGUACAGAAGGCUGCAUAUUUUUGAAAAAGGCCGAAUUUACGAAUGUGAUGGUUGCCAGAUUGGAGCUGAAAGGUAAACCAACAGGUUGUCUCGCCCGUGGCCAGAGCAUUGACGACGAUCUGCGACAGAGUGAGCACAACAGCACAGCUGAGAGCGAAGGUCUAAAUAAACUAUUGGCAUUGGGGCCGAAAAACGAUCGGCCGAAUGGCCUAACGAGAACAAAGAAGAAGGGCGAUCAAUUUCCUAUCACGCCUUUUCCGGGCUCAAGUCACUAA